GUGAGAAACGGUUCCAUUUUAACAUGUAAAGAAUCUGAGUGGUGCAGAAAUCCAUCGAGAGAGGGCUUUAGUGUCAAAGGCUCACUCGGAAUUGGAGGCAGCUUUGGGCAAGUGUUAUCGUUUCGAUCUGUGGCUGUUUCCCUGAGGACAAUGUCUCGGAGUGGUAAGGGUGAACCCAAAACGAGGGAGAAGUGGGAGAUGAUCAAAGGUGCUGCUAAAGAGGAGCAGAGCCCGGCGGCCCCGAGCACUCAGAUGCUCAAGCACCGAGUUGAGCCGCCUGGAGGGUGUGAGGACUGGACCCUGAGCCACAACGCUGAGCCCUUACACCAAGCGGUCAAAGGCUGGUUUCUGCCCAGGGACCACAUUCAGGGCACUGGGAUAACCUACACUGUGAGAUAUAUGGGCUGUGUAGAAGUGAUGCAGUCUAUGAGAUCACUUGAUUUCAAUACGAGAACGCAAGUCACAAGGGAAGCAAUAAGCAGAGUGUGUGAGGCUGUUCCAGGUGCAAAAGGGGCAAUGAGGAAAAGAAAGCCUCCCAGUAAAGGACUCUCUACCGUUUUAGGGAAGAGUAACCUCCAGUUUGCAGGAAUGAACAUCACACUGAACAUCUCCACCAGCAGCCUCAACCUGAUGAUCCCAGACUCCAAACAGAUUAUUGCCAAUCAUCACAUGCAGUCAAUUUCAUUUGCGUCCGGAGGUGAUCCGGAUACAACUGAUUAUGUUGCUUACGUUGCCAAAGACCCAGUCAAUCAAAGAGCGUGCCACAUUUUGGAGUGUUCUGAUAGUAUCGCCCAAGAUGUUAUAAACACCAUAGGGCAAGCAUUUGAGCUCCGUUUUAAACAGUACUUGAAGAACCCUUCUGCAUUUAACCCUCACAAUAACAGGAUACCAGGCUUCUCAGGUCCAGUAUGGAAUGAGCAGAAUGAAGAAGAUCAGGAUUUGGAUUACUCUAAUGAAAUCCCAGGUAAACAACCGCCCUCUGGAGGCUUGCAAGCCAGAAGGAUAAAAGAGGACUCGGCAGCCUACAAGAAUAGUAGUCAACUGCAGUGGGUUGAAGGUUUCAAACAGACGCCCUGUGAGAGCGUUUACGAGAACUGCACAGAUCAACACAAGCAAACAUUGAUCAUGGCAGGAAGUUUGUGGAACCGAUUCCCACAAAGUAAUGCUAACAUUCUGCCGAUCAAAGCCACCAGCAGAUCCGAUCUUUUUGAUGAUCCAUGUUACAUGAACACACAGACUGUGGAGAAAACAGAUUUUACUGGCAAGAACAUCACAGCAGUUCAAGCCUCUGCCAACACAUAUAGAGAACAUAUUGAAGUUGCUCCGAACAAUGCAACAAUCAACUGUCCUACGAAUGCCCCGUUACCCACGAGUCCGUCUUCCAUGAAAGAGCAGCUGGUGAAGGAAAUCUGGUACCACGGGAGGAUGAGCAGGCAGGAAGCUGAAAGGCUGCUACUAAAUGAUGGUGACUUUCUGGUGCGGGAAAGCAUGACUACCACAGGACAGUAUGUAUUGACUGGGUUACAGGGAGGACAAGCCAAGCAUCUGCUACUGGUCGACCCUGAAGGAAUGGUGAGAACCAAGGACCAUAUAUUUGACAGUGUGAACCAUUUGAUCAGUUAUCACGUGGACAACCAUCUGCCAAUCAUCUCACCAGGACAUGAAUUGUUUCUUAAAAAGACUGUCAAGAGCAAACAGCAACUGUAGGAUAAAGAGCUUCGUCAAGUGAGGAAUUCACUUCUGAAUGGUUUUAGCCAUUUGCAUUUAAUCAGUGAAUGCAAGUCAAAUUAUUAUCAGAUUGCUCUCUGUCAAUGGAGCACCAUUGGCUUGAGAAUAGUUUCAUACAAGAGGUAAAAGUCCAGAAAAGUCCACUUUAGGACGCAGUGGUCACGGAAUCACUUUGUACUUUUGAAUGAGAAAAAGUGUUUGCUAUGAGAAGAUAAUACAUUUAAUAUAGUCCAUCUACGUAUAUAAUAAAUGAUAUUUUAGGAACAUAAAUCAAGAAAUAGCAACAAGAUGUAACCAUAUAUACUGUACAAAUGUUUUUUUUCAUUUCUAAGCACAACUGGCAUUGAGAACAUGCAAAAUCUGAUUCUAAUCAACCGCAGGCUAUAAGAAAAAAUGUGCCUUGAUUCUAAUGAGUUUGAUAAUAUAAACACGCUUUUUAUCAAAAAAAAUCUUUCUUGAAAAUGCUGUGCUUUCAUUUGCUGUGAACACAAUCCAAUGUUUGUUUCAAUCUAUUUCACUGCCUUUACACCAGAAUUCUGGGAAGCAUUUUCUAAAAAUGGAAUGAAGUUUAAUACUGCUUUGUUUUGUGCCAAUACAGUUUGCAGUAACAAAUCUCUUAUUAUUGCUUUCAAAGCACUUUACUAAUGCAGGGCUUUACUUUAUUCUUUAUUUAUGAUAUUACCGAGAUUUAUUGCAAAUAUACACAUAUAAAACAAAUCAAAAAAUCAUAUUUCUAAAGGAGAAUUGUUUUUCACAUUCAUAUUAUCGACUAUUGCACCGGAGCUGAUAGAAUUGAAACUAGCAGUUUCAGAAACUGCGUUGGAACAAACAUAAUUUUGUAAGUCAUAAAUGAUAUCUCGUUAGUGUGGCUAAUUUUGGAUUUUGUUGUUAAUUAGAGAAGUGUAUCGGUUAGCUGUUUUCUUGUAAAGGAUAAACCAAUAGAUAAAAUAGAAACUCAAGAGAAGAAGAAUAUUUUUAGCUGGGCUUCAACACUGGAGGGUGAGUAUCAACGUGACGAUCAUUUUCACCCUCGCAGUGCACUCUUGUGCAGCUUCUAGAAUUGGUCUAUUUCGUUCUUUUAUCACAGUCACGGUUCAACUUCACAGCAGACUUCAAAGCACGGAUACAAAAUGCUGUAUCACAGUUGCAUGACCAACAGCAUUUAAUUGACAUCUGUUUACUAAAGGAAAUCGGUUAAUAAAGUAUUUUUAAAUGCUUAAAAGGUGCACGUGUUCUAUUCCAGUGUAUAAUUUAUAAAUAGAACUUUUGUGCAGCUUUGCUGCACAUUUUUGUGAAGAAUAAAGUUAUU